AUGCAGAGAGGUAUCACCCGACCCCGAUCGCCCUCAGACGAGGAGGAAUCUCGACCCCGGCAACGCAUCAAACCAUCCUCACCCAACCAACAUAUAAAUAACACCAAUAUGGGUCAUCCACUACAUAAUGGCUCUAGUACCACCAACGGCAUAUCACAUGAUUCCGAACCCGGUCCAUCCAAUGGCCAUGCCUCAUCAUCCGUUGGACCAGGCUCAUUACCCCAUCAUGUUCUCAAUUCUAUACAGCAUGUCCAACCGCCCGGUCAUCUGAUGUAUGAAGAUGAUCGGAAUUGGCAGGACCAGCACGAUACAACCAUGACUGAUGAUGGGAAGGAGAGUACGGAUGAUGAGCUGGAAGAAGCUCAAGAUGGACUGGGUCACCCCGAGGCCAAAUCGAUAAGUAGGAAGACAACUCAGAGACCCGGUGUAGGAGGGAGUAGGAGGAUGCCGGUCGAAAGGGAAGAAGCGGUUAGGUUGAUAUUACAAGGGUUGAGAGAUAUAGGAUACCAUCAAUCAGCCGAUAUCCUCGAACUCGAAUCGGGGUAUAAUCUUUCCACGACCCAGGCAAAUGAUUUCCAAUCAGCGAUACUAGGUGGAAGGUGGUCAGAAGCCUUAGGUCUAUUACCUGGACUGGGUAUACACAUAACGCCAACGCCAGAGCCAGAACCAGAAGUUGGAUCGUCGAGUAGUAGUAUCGCAUCGGGUAAAAUACUCAAAAUCAAGGGGAGUAAUAGCAUUUCAGAUCAAAUGAAGUUCUUGAUCUCUCAACAGAAAUACCUCGAACAUCUCGAGAUUGGUCAACAGAAGAAGGCUUUGGGCGUGCUAAGAGGUGAAUUGAACAAAGUGGCUAAAGACCAAGAGGUUUUACAUACUUUAUCGGGAUUCAUGAUGUGCCUUGAUAAAGAUGAUUUAUACGAACGAGCUAUGUGGGACGGUGCGCAGGGGACAUCUCGUAGACAAUUGUUGGAACAUCUACAAGCAUUCAUCUCACCACAGAUAAUGAUGCCUUCCCGUCGACUUGCUACCUUGUUCGAUCAAGCGAGGAGACAUCAACAGCUAUCUUGUCUGUAUCACGAAGAACCCGAAUCCACGUCGCUAUAUACCGAUCACAAGUGUGAGAGCGGGGCGUUCCCAUCUGUCACUACGCAUGUUCUCGCGGAUCACUCAGAUGAGGUAUGGAGGAUUGAAUGGAGUCCUGAUGGAAUGUACUUGGCUAGUUCUGGAAAGGAUAAGACAGUUGUGAUCUGGCAACUGAAGAUCACGUCGAAAGAAAGUGGUGGAUCUCAGUAUGGGAUCGUACCGUUCCAGCAUCUGAAGGAACAUACAGACUCGGUAGAUGCGAUGGCUUGGUCGCCUGAUGGCAAGACGCUAGUGACUGGUGCGGAUAAGAAUAUAUUUGUUUGGGAUGUCAAGACCGGGGAACUGCAACCUAAAUCAUCUUCUGGAUCUCAGCAUAGUGAUACGAUAAGUGCAAUUCAGUGGCUACCUGAUGGAUCAGAAUUCGUAGUAGCUUCGAUGGAUUGUAAGGUGGCAUUCUAUAGCCCGUCUGGUAGUCUUCUACGUCAGUGGUCCACAAAGGAUAGGCAACUGAAGGACUUUGUCAUCACCCCGGAUGGGAAACGGAUCAUCGCUAUCACCACUCUGCUGAAACGGGUUUUCCAUAAUGACAAGUUGAGACAAUCAAUGUCAUCUCGACCGUCAGAGGAAUCGGAGAUAAUUGAGUCUACUACUGCGAUCGGACCUAACGGGGCAUCGUUGGCGCCCUUCUAUUAUGCUACGAUGGAAUACUCCCUGAUGAUGAUUAGAAUAGCGGAUCAUAACAUCAUCGAUUCAUCGCAGGAUCUAAGGUGUGAAACUACAAGCAUCAGACUAUCAAGUGAUGGAAAGAGAGUUAUCGUCAGCUGUGCACCUGAUGAGAUCCAAGUAUGGUCGAUAGAUCCUGGUUUCAGGUAUAUUCGAAAACACAGCGGACACGUGCAGGGUCGAUAUUUGAUCAGAAGUGCUUUUGGCGCACCGAAAGAUCGUUUCGUCUUAUCUGGAAGUGAAGAUGGACAUGUAUAUGUCUGGCAGGGGACUGCACCUAAUCCGAUCGAAGUGCUUUCCGGUCAUAAGGAAGUGGUGAAUGCCGUGGCGUGGAAUCCUGUAGCUGCGAGAAGGAUUUUCGCCAGUUGCAGCGAUGAUCAUACAAUACGUAUAUGGCAGCCUCCAUUCGACCUUGAUGAAGGGAUGAACAUCGAAAAUGAUGGAGUGACAGGAGGGGAUGAAGAUGGGGAUGGGAUGAAAGUGGAGAAUGAUGAAGAAGAAGAAGAGGAGGAGGAGGAGGAAGAAGGUAUGGUUCUGUGA